AUGGCUUAUGUUUUAGUAAACGUCAUGAGAAGAAAAACACCGAUCAGCAAAAUGGGUAGUCCGAAACGAAGUGACUAUCUUAAAAGUUUUAUUGGAGGUAAUGUGGUUGCUCUCGGCGCUGGAACGCCUUAUCUUUAUUCAUUUUAUGCUCCUCAGCUAUUAAGCAGAUGUCGCAUUCCUAUUUCUACUUCAGGUAAACUAUCAUUCUCUUUGACGAUAGGGAGUUCAUUAAUGGGAAUUUUAGCAGGUAUUGUCGUCGACCGGAGCCCCAAACUUUCUUGUCUGAUUGGAUCCAUAUGUGUUUUCAUUGCGUACUUGAUUUUGAACUUGUGCUAUAAGCACGAGUGGUCUAGUACUUAUCUAAUAUCGUUGAGCUUAGUGUUGAUUGGAUAUGGUUCCGUUUCAGGUUUUUAUGCGUCUGUGAAAUGUGCAAAUACAAACUUUCCUCAACAUAGGGGCACUGCUGGGGCAUUUCCUGUGUCACUUUAUGGUCUAUCAGGCAUGGUAUUUUCAUUUUUAUGUUCAAAACUGUUUGGUGAAAACAUCGAACAUGUGUUUAUCUUUUUAAUGGUGACGUGCGGUAGCAUGAUCUUAGCUGGUUACUUUUCAUUGGAUAUAUUUACGAAUAGAGAAGAGGAAGACACAAGCAUCAAGCAAUGGGAGCUUCAAAAAACCACAGAAACGAACGGUAAUAUAGUGCCAUUAUAUGACAGUAGUAAGAAUUACAUAGGUUCGCCAGUGCGCCCAUCUUCACCAGCCGUUCAUGAAAAUUAUGCACUAACAGACAAUUUUCAAGAAACUUCAGAAUUUUAUGGCCUUGAAGACAGGCAACUAUCGAAUCGACCAUUGUUACCGCCUUUCUCCCCACGUACUAAGUAUGACAUCGAAGAUGAGGAUAUUAUAAACAGUGUAGCAGAUGAGAGUAACGGUGUACAAAAAAGUAUGAAAUCACAUGUGCUACAAAGCUUAAAGUCUUCGACCUUUAUUUGUUAUUACGUAGUGUUAGGUAUACUUCAAGGUGUUGGUUUAAUGUACAUCUAUUCGGUAGGAUUUAUGAUACAGGCUCAGGCGAUUUCCCCACCUUUAGAUCAGGUAUCAAUUAAUGCAGAAAGGAUCCAAUCCUUUCAGGUGACUCUUUUAUCCCUUCUUUCGUUUUGCGGUAGGCUAUCAUCUGGACCAAUAUCCGACUUUUUAGUCAAGAGAUUUAAAGCUCAAAGGCUUUGGAACAUUGUGAUAGCGUCCUUAUUGGUAUUUCUGGCAUCGAAUAAGAUAUCUAAUGACUUCAGCAAUAUCGAGGAUUAUUCCUUAAGGGCUUCUAAGGUAUUUAAGAAUAUUUCUGUGUGCUCAGCCAUUUUCGGUUAUUCGUUUGGCGUUUUAUUUGGUACUUUUCCCUCAGUGGUUGCUGAUAGAUUUGGCACCAAUGGGUAUAGCACUUUGUGGGGCGUCUUGACAACCGGCGGGAUAUUCUCAGUGAGUAUUUUUACCGAGUUGUUAGGUAGGAAUUUCAAAGCAAAUACAAUUGGCAGUAACGAAAACUGUAAAAGAGGAGUGCUUUGUUACAGCCAUACAUUCAUGGUUACGGAAUACUGCGCUGUUUUUACCCUACUGUUCGUUUUGGCGCUAAUUGGACAUACGUUUUAUCGAAGAAGAACAACCGGAAACUUAAAUUAA